AUGUCUGGCUACCAACAAGGAGGCCAUUAUGACGAGGGCUACGGCCACCCGGCGGGCCAUGGCGAUGCCUACUACCAGGACGAACAUGCUGCCCAGGGAUACUAUGACAACCAGGAAUACGGCGAUGGCUAUUAUGACCGAGGUGCGUCCGGUACCUACGGACAUGAAGGUGGUAAUACUCAAGCUCAAGGCUACGCCGACGGAGGAUACUACGAGGCUGGCCACCAGGAUGAAUACUACGCCGAUCAGUACUACGAUGCGGGCCAGGCUGGCUAUGGUCGUGGUCGACGCGGCCAUGACUCCGAGGAGGACUCCGAGACCUUUAGUGAUUUCACCAUGAAAUCGGAAACAGCUCGUGCGGCCGACAUGGACUACUAUGGCCGUGGGGACGAGCGUUACAACAGCUAUACCGAUAGCCAAUACGGUCGUGGCGGUUACGGCUACCGUCCGCCCUCAUCCCAGGUUUCAUAUGGCGGCAACCGGUCAUCGGGGGCUUCCACCCCCGUCUAUGGCAUGGAUUACGGAAACGCGUUGCCGGCUGGCCAGCGUUCGCGGGAACCCUACCCUGCCUGGACUUCGGAUGCACAGAUUCCCCUGUCGAAGGAGGAGCUGGAGGAUAUUUUCCUGGACCUGGUCAACAAGUUUGGUUUCCAGCGCGACAGCAUGCGCAACAUGUAUGACCACAUGAUGACUCUACUCGACUCUCGUGCUUCCCGUAUGACCCCCAACCAGGCACUUCUGUCCCUGCAUGCCGAUUAUAUUGGUGGCCACAAUGCCAACUACCGCCGCUGGUACUUUGCGGCCCACCUUGACCUAGACGAUGCAGUUGGAUUUGCUGGGAUGAAGCUGGGCAAGGCCGACCGCAAAACUCGCAAGGCUCGCAAGGCUGCUCAAAAGGCCGCGAAGAAGAACCCCGAAAAUGAGGAGGAAACUCUCGAGGCUCUGGAGGGCGACAACAGCCUGGAGGCCGCGGAAUAUCGCUGGAAGUCCCGCAUGAACAAGAUGUCCCAGCACGAUCGCGCCCGCCAAAUUGCGUUGUAUCUGCUCAUCUGGGGUGAAGCCAACCAGGUCCGCUUUUUGCCAGAGUGUCUUUGCUUCAUUUUCAAGUGUGCCGACGACUACUACUCCUCGCCCGACUGCCAGAACCGUGUGGAGCCCGUUGAGGAGUUCACAUACCUCAAUGAAAUCAUCACCCCUCUCUACCAGUAUUGCCGUGAUCAGGGAUACGAGAUUUUUGAAGGCAAGUAUGUCCGCCGUGAGCACGACCACAACAAGAUCAUUGGCUACGACGAUAUGAAUCAGCUGUUCUGGUAUCCUGAGGGUAUUGAGCGCAUCGGGUUCGAGGACAAGACUCGUCUUGUCGAUGUUCCCCCCGCUGAACGUUGGCCCAAGUUGAAGGACGUCCUAUGGAAGAAGGCAUUCUUCAAGACAUACAAGGAGACCCGCUCGUGGUUCCAUUUGAUCACCAACUUCAACCGUAUCUGGGUUAUCCACUUGUGUUCUUUCUGGUUCUUCACUGCCUACAACGCCCCCACUCUGUAUGCCACCAACUACCAACAGCAAGUCGACAACAAACCCUCCACUGCCAAGUACCUUGCUGCUGUUGGUUUUGGUGGUGCUCUUGCAGGCUUCAUCCAGCUAUUUGCGACUAUUUGCGAGUGGAUGUAUGUCCCCCGUCGGUGGGCGGGUGCUCAACAUCUGCGCAAGCGGUUCCUCUUCAUCCUUGUGGUCUUCAUUAUCAACCUGGCUCCUGGUGUUAUUAUCUUCGGCUUCUUGGAUAAGCUCGGAAGUGAAAAGAUCCAGAAGCCGGUCGGCCUUGCUCUCGGUAUCGUGCACUUCGUCAUUGCCCUCAUGACUGCGGUCUUCUUCGCCAUUCAGCCUCUCGGUGCGCUCUUCGGUAGCUACUUGAAGAAGGGUGGGCGGCAGUACGUCGCCAGCCAAACAUUCACUGCUAGCUUCCCUCGCCUUCACGGUAACGACAUGUGGAUGUCUUACGGUCUCUGGAUUUGCGUCUUCGGCGCUAAGCUGGCUGAGUCUUACUUCUUCCUGACUCUGUCGUUCAAGGACCCCAUCCGUAUCCUGUCCCCGAUGAAUAUCUACGAGUGCACUGGUGUGAAGUAUCUCGGCAACAUCCUCUGUCACCGGCAGCCGCAGAUCCUAUUGGCACUCAUGUUCUUCAUGGAUUUGUGUCUAUUCUUCCUCGACAGUUAUCUGUGGUACAUUAUUUGCAACACCAUUUUCUCGGUGGCCCGCUCAUUCUACCUCGGUGUGUCUAUCUGGUCCCCCUGGAGAAAUAUCUUCUCGCGCCUUCCCAAGCGCAUCUACUCGAAGGUACUCGCGACCACAGACAUGGAGAUCAAGUACAAGCCGAAGGUCCUCAUUUCCCAGGUGUGGAACGCCAUCAUCAUCUCGAUGUAUCGUGAGCACCUACUCGCUAUUGACCAUGUCCAGAAGCUUCUCUAUCACCAAGUCCCCUCUGAGCAAGAGGGCAAGCGUACUCUUCGUGCGCCCACCUUCUUCGUCUCACAGGAAGAUCAGUCCUUCAAGACUGAGUUCUUCCCUGCUGGUAGUGAGGCUGAGCGACGUAUCUCUUUCUUCGCCCAGUCUCUGUCGACUCCCAUGCCCGAGCCCCUACCCGUGGACAACAUGCCGACUUUCACCGUGCUGAUUCCACACUACAGUGAGAAGAUCCUACUGUCCCUGCGUGAGAUCAUUCGUGAGGAUGAGCCUUACUCCCGUGUCACCGUGCUGGAGUACCUUAAACAGCUCCACCCCCACGAGUGGGACUGCUUCGUCAAGGAUACCAAGAUUCUGGCCGAUGAGACUUCGCAAUUCAAUGGUGAAUACGGCGAGAAGGGUGAGAAGGAUGCUGCUAAGAGCAAGAUCGACGAUCUGCCCUUCUAUUGCAUCGGUUUCAAGUCCGCUGCUCCUGAGUACACGCUCCGUACCCGUAUCUGGGCUUCUCUCCGUUCCCAGACUCUUUACAGAACAGUGUCUGGUUUCAUGAACUACAGCCGUGCUAUCAAGCUCCUGUAUCGUGUUGAAAACCCAGAAGUCGUCCAGAUGUUCGGUGGUAACUCUGAGAAGCUCGAGCGUGAGCUCGAGCGCAUGGCUCGUCGCAAGUUCCGUAUCUGUGUCUCCAUGCAGCGGUAUGCCAAGUUCAACAAGGAUGAGCGUGAGAACACGGAGUUCCUUCUGCGUGCCUACCCUGACCUACAGAUCGCCUAUCUCGACGAGGAGCCACCCAUCGCUGAGGGUGAAGAGCCCCGCCUGUACUCCGCAUUGAUUGACGGUCACUGUGAGCUGCUCGAAAACGGCAUGCGCAAGCCCAAGUUCCGCGUCCAGCUCUCCGGCAACCCCAUCCUCGGUGACGGAAAGUCCGAUAACCAGAACCACGCCAUUAUCUUCUAUCGUGGUGAAUACAUCCAGCUGAUCGAUGCCAACCAAGACAACUAUCUUGAAGAAUGCUUGAAGAUCCGGAGCGUUCUCGCUGAAUUUGAGGAGCUGACCACUGACAACGUUUCGCCUUACACUCCUGGUGUCGCCUCGCCUGAUACUAACCCCGUUGCCAUUCUUGGUGCCCGUGAAUACAUUUUCUCCGAGAGCAUUGGUGUGCUUGGUGAUGUCGCUGCCUCCAAGGAACAAACAUUCGGUACCCUUUUCGCCCGUACUUUGGCUCAGAUCGGUGGUAAACUGCACUACGGUCACCCUGAUUUCCUAAAUGCUACCUUCAUGUGUACGCGUGGUGGUGUUUCUAAGGCUCAGAAGGGUCUUCACCUGAACGAGGAUAUCUACGCUGGUAUGAAUGCUCUUCUCCGUGGUGGUCGCAUCAAGCACUGCGAGUACUUCCAGUGUGGUAAGGGUCGUGAUUUGGGUUUCGGCUCGAUUCUAAACUUCACAACCAAGAUUGGUACUGGUAUGGGUGAGCAAAUGCUCUCGCGUGAAUACUACUACCUUGGGACCCAAUUGCCUCUCGACCGCUUCUUGUCAUUUUACUAUGCCCACCCUGGUUUCCACAUCAACAACAUGUUCAUUAUGCUUUCAGUGCAGAUGUUCAUGAUCGUUCUGAUCAACCUGGGUGCCCUGAAGCACGAGACCAUCACUUGCCGUUAUAACUCCGACCUGCCCAUUACCGAUCCUUUGGAGCCCACCUACUGCGCCGACCUUGCCCCCAUCAUCAACUGGGUCAACCGUUGCGUUAUCUCCAUUUUCAUCGUGUUCUUCAUCUCCUUCGUUCCCCUGGCUGUCCAAGAAUUGACUGAGCGUGGUGUCUGGCGUAUGGCUACCCGUCUGGCUAAGCAUUUCGGUUCCUUCUCCUUCAUGUUCGAGGUAUUCGUGUGUCAGAUCUACGCUCAAGCCGUCCACCAGAACUUGUCCUUCGGUGGUGCUCGUUACAUUGGUACUGGCCGUGGUUUCGCAACUGCCCGUAUUCCAUUUGGUGUUCUGUACUCUCGUUUCGCUGGCCCGUCUAUCUACGCUGGAGCGCGUCUGCUGCUGAUGCUGCUGUUCGCCACCACUACUGUCUGGACUCCUGCCCUGAUAUGGUUCUGGGUGUCUCUGCUCGCCCUCAUCAUCUCACCCUUCCUCUUCAACCCGCACCAGUUCUCCUGGAAUGAUUUCUUCAUCGACUACCGUGAUUAUCUCCGCUGGCUCUCGCGCGGUAACUCUCGGUCCCACGCCUCGUCCUGGAUCGGGUUCUGCCGCCUCUCUCGUACCCGCAUCACUGGUUACAAGAAGAAGGUUCUUGGUGUUCCAUCUGAGAAGAACUCUGGGGAUAUUCCUCGUGCACGCAUCACAAACAUCUUUUUCAGUGAGAUCGUCGCUCCCUUGGUUGUGGUUGCGGUGACUUUCGUUCCCUAUUUGUACAUCAACUCCCGUACCAUGUUCAGCGAUGACGUCAAGUAUGCUCCGGAUGCCAUUGCUCGCAUUGCCCUCGUUGCCUUCGCUCCAAUCGGUAUCAACGCUGGUGUUGCCGGCAUGUUCUUUGGCAUGGCUUGCUGUAUGGGUCCCAUCUUCAGUUUAUGCUGCAAGAAGUUUGGUGCGGUCCUGGCUGCGAUUGCCCAUGCUAUCGCUGUUAUUGUCUUGAUCGUCUUUUUCGAGGUGCUUUUCGUUCUCGAGUCGUUCAAUUGGCCCCGUACUGUGUCUGGCAUGAUCGCCAUGAUGGCCCUCCAGCGUUUCAUCUACAAGCUGAUCAUUUCGCUGGCCCUGACGCGUGAGUUUAGGAAUGAUCAGUCCAACAUCGCCUGGUGGACUGGAAAGUGGUACAACAUGGGUUGGCACUCACUGUCUCAGCCUGGCCGUGAGUUCUUGUGCAAAAUUACCGAGUUGGGUUACUUCGCCGCCGACUUUGUGCUCGGCCAUGUCAUUCUCUUCUUCAUGUUGCCGGCUCUUGCCGUCCCCUAUGCCGACAAGUUCCACUCUGUCAUUCUGUUCUGGCUGCGUCCCAGUCGCCAAAUCCGUCCUCCGAUCUACUCUCUCAAGCAGUCUAAGCUGCGCAAGAGACGUGUGAUUCGGUUUGCCAUCCUCUACUUUGUUAUGCUGGUUCUCUUUAUCGUCCUGAUAGCAGCGCCCAUCGUUGUGCGCAACAUGGGUAUCGACAAGAGCCUCCGGCUCACACUGUACAAUACUAUCGGUGUCAAGAGUGGCAACAGCAUGUUCCUUCUCCAACCCCUUGACAAGGGUCUGAAUGAUACCCAGACCUACCACACCGGUAGCAAUCUCCCCAAGGGCUUCUCGUCUCAUGCUGUUCCUACCCCUACUGCCGGCAACUACAAUUUCCAGCGUUUGUUGUGA